UCUUUGCAGUUUGCUGUGUUUUGUAAUCUGACAGGCAGUGUAAGUAAACAAACACUGGUGUGAAGGUUAGAGGCGUAUUGUGCUGUCAAAGUAAAGCACAAUGUGCGUAUUAUAAGGAAAUGUUAAUCGAAAGAAGUCACUUGGAUAACACGUUAUGCGUUAAAUGAUGAAAGUGAUGAAAAGCAAAAUCACUUACGAAUAGCUAAGUUCAUGUUCCGUUUUGAUAAUGUUGACCACCAAAGAUAAGCACCAAUUGAAACUGCUUGGCUUGAAGGAUGUAUUUUCGAAUUCUCUUGAACUCCACGACAUUUUUGACUGUGCACUGAAGGUGCUCUUAGAGGAAAAAUAUGUUGUGAUGACUACCAAACUAAGUAUAUGCACGUUUAUAGAAGAACAGACGUCUCUGUUGAACUCUGUGACUGACGCAGAAUUAAUUUUUGCAACACUGAAGAAUUUGUUUGAGUCUUGUGUGGAAGAUGAUGAUAUUCUGCUACAAGGAAAAUGCUUGUCAACAAUGACAACUGUGCUGGUGCAAACAAUAACAGUCUUUCAGGGCUCUGAAGUAUUUGGACUAUUCUCGGAAGUCCUCAAUUUUUUAAUGGUACUUGUGAAACAAGUGAAUAAUGUGAAAAACUCGCAUGUGAGAUCAGUUGCUGCCAAUUGCCUUUUGGAACUGGAGUUGUGUUUUCCAGCACUUCUGAAGCCGUAUGUGGACACUCUGUACACAGCCACUGUUACAGAAACAACAACAGCACAUCAGCAAUAUCUUUGUCUGUUAGCUCUAACCAUUAAGAAUUUUCUCUGUUAUGAAUCAUCUGCUAGGCUGGACAUUUUGCCACCUACUAUUCGAGAACAAUUGCCGAGUGCAAUGGCUUGGCCUGAAACAGCAGUUCCUGAUGUUUCUUUUUCCAACAUAAAUCAAGUUUUGUCAUUUAUGGUCGACCAGGUGCCUCUUUGUACAAGUGAGGCAAUAACAUGGGUAGUGGAACAACUAGCACCACUGUUGAAGUCUGUUCCAAGCUGCCUACCUCUCUUACAGCCUCUAAUUCUGACUGCCACUCGUACACACUACCUUCCACUACUUCAUAUUGUGCAUUUGCUUCAGCGGGACAUUGGUGAGACACUGACAAGUAACCAAGAUCAGUCACACAGUUUGUCACUACUCUCAUUGAAUGCGUCUGCAACAUGCCUUCCUGUCGCUCAUCGUCUUAUUGCACUCGACAUACUGGCUGACUGCCUUGCUGCAAUACCUUCUGCAGUGAAUCCUGUGGGUCAGGCAGCAGCUGUUACUGUCCUGCUCCCAGCAUCAUUUGAUGGACCUGAGACACAGCUCAAGAAGAUAAUUGCAUUAACUAGUGUGCUGCACACUCGUCAUGGUGCCGCAGCUGUCAUAGUACCUGUGAUAGAAAGUGUAAGGCAAGAAAUUUUGUGUAGAAGUUCCACAAAAUUAAAAUCCAUAUUAGUCAAGGCUAUUUUCCUGUGCUGGAGUGAUCUGCAUCUUUGUGAUUUAAACAGCAAAAUACCAAAUUUGGUGGCUUCUGUGGUGGAGGAUGAUGUGACAUUCAUCCCAUUUGCACUCAGUCUUGAGGAGAAAAUGCGUGAUCGGCGUCCUGAAAGUGCUGUUCCCAGAGAGCUGCUCUCAUUGCUGGUGCAGGUUACUACACAACCUGCUCCAGGAGCUGUGCACAUGGAAGAUACAACAUUAGGUCAUUUGGUGUCAGUAUUCUGGGCUGCUCUUCGUCAAUCGGAGAAGGGGAUGGAGUGGGUGAAGACAAUUCUACUAUAUCUUAUGAAACAUAUAGUAAACCAAGAAAAUUGCAGUGCUCUAUCUUGGUCCUCAGGUCAUGAGAUAUUGUCAUUGUGUUACUUUUUAAUGAUGGAAUAUGACCCUGCAGAAGUUUACUUUGAACUUUGUGAAGUAUUUAGAUCAAUAAUUGCCUGGAGCACUGAUAUCGAUUUGCAAGACAGAGCACAGAUCUAUUAUGCUAUAAUGGCAAGUCAUUCAGCUAAAAAGCUCAAUGUGCCAAAACAAAUUUCACUGGGAGCAGAUGAAUGUGAAGAGAGUUUCAAACCAACUUCUGUUUUCAAGAAACUGGAAAAACCAAUCCUGAGACUUUCAAAAUGUGGAACUAAAAUUCAGUCAAAUUUAUUCUCCAUGGAAAUCAAAGAUAUGUCAGAGAAAGAAAUUGCACAGGCAUAUUACAGCAGUAUAAAGAAUGUGAGGUCCCAGGCAUGUAUUGUUUUAAAUUGUUCACUUGCAUUCACCCAAGAGUGUGGUCGAAACAUACAAUCUCUUGAUGGUUUAGCACUCAGGUUUUCAGUCCCUGAGACUUGGGGCCACAUAGAAACAACUAUGGUUGGCCAUAUCAACAAGAAGAACUUCCGAGAAUUCAGAGAUAUCUAUCAGAUUGAAGUAGUUUGCUUUCCACGUAACCCAUAUCCGAUAACUGGUGAAGUGAGAGCAGAAUUUGCUGUUGGUGAAGUAUGUCAUGUCUGUUCCUUGGAUUCAUUUCCAAUUGAAUUUGUAGACUUCUUUGAAUGUUUACCAGUGCAAGAUUCAGAUCCUGCUGUAAAAAGCACCUUUCAAGAGAGAUUAUACAGUGCAUUGUGGAGUGAACUAAAAGCAUCAUGUUGUGAGUCUGUCACAAUUCUGUAUGCUCCAAAAGAGAAAAUUCUCAAAGAAUUGGAAGAAAGACUGGGACCUUUUAUAAUACACAGCAAAUCAGAUGGCAGUCAUUACCAUGUUGGAAUUUAUCUACCACCUCAGUAUCAUUUAUUGGCAGAAUUUCACGUAUGUGAUGAAAAAUCAGCUGUCACAUUUCUAACAGAAGAAGCUUACAUUAUGGCACUAGCAGGAAAUUUCUUUGAACAGUGGGGCCUGUGUUAAAUACAGACUGUAACCUAUGCAUUGAUGCAGUUUUGAGGAAGUAUUGGAGGGAGGGAGGGAGGGAGGGAGAGGGGGAGAGAGAGAGAGAGAGAGAGAGAGAGAGAGAGAGAGAGAGAGAGAGACUCUAAUUGUGAUGCAGUUGAAUGAUCUAUUGUUGGCCUUUUUUACUAUUUUGUUUAUGAACUGUUUUACUUUAAAUUUUAUAAUUUUAUAUGAACUGUUUUUAUUGUUAUGAAUAUUAAAAGCAUAUGAAUUAUAUGUUGAUUUCAGUUGUAAUUACAGUGCCUGAUAAUAUUAAA